UCUGGGCGGAGCUUGAAUAUUAAACUUGUAGCUGUUGUCUGCAGUGAUAUCAUAACACUGCAAUAUGAGGAGGCGCUCAUAUGACCGCCACCCGCUUCCAUCCCUGGGCCAAACACAGGUGUAACUGGGGCAAAAGGUAGGCAUGGGGAAUAAACGGAGGAGGAAGUAUGCCAGCUGAGCCUCUCAUCCUUCUGCAACCGCUGCCAGCGUCACACUAGAGAGACAGAAAAAUGGCUCAGUCCGUGAGGAGGCCAGAGACUUUGGGAGCCAUGGACCACGAGCCCCAGAGGGACAAGACCAGGACCAGCUACUUUGGCAACGUCAAGACCAGGCUUGGUUCCAAGCUUCCUCCCGGCGUCUCUCAGCCUCCACAGUUCGCUAAGCGGCCCUGGGAGACUCAGCCUCAGGCCAGAGUGAUGCAGGAGCCUGCCACCAGCAGCCAGCGUCAGCUCCAGCCCACUGUGGGCCGACCUCUCACCCACACCCCCCACAUCAGAAACCCCAAACUGCGGCAGUACUACCUGCAAGGGACUUCAUGGGAUCUAAACAAUACUGCAGUGAAGCAAGAGCCGAUGAGUGGAACGUCAGAUGACAGCACAAGCAGCAGGGGUCUCCCAGGAGACACGGUGUUCAGCGUCUCAUCUCAGUUCAACAGUAACGGUUCAGCCUCAACAGAAGAGGGUAAAAUGGCUCACAUUUCCUCCGUUUGCUCGUCAAAUCUAACCUCCUCGUCUGCUACCCUCAUCCCGAGAGAGCAGCUGGUCGUACCGAAGGGAAAAAAUACUUCCACUGGUCGAGGAUCGACACAACUAGAACUCCCUGAUCCUAAACCGAAGAGAGAGGCAGAGGCUGAUCCAGAAUCUGCAGAAUCACUCUCUGCUCAACCUCAGCCCCCCUCACCAGAGGCAGAAUAUGACAAACUAUUGGAUGUGGAGGCGGUGCCAAUGCCUGAUGGACAGCUCUGCUUAUUGGCCCUGCCACCAGAAUGCUGCCAGGGGGAGGGGCCAGAGGCCACGCCCUACCUCAAACUGUUCUGCCGCUACAUCACAGACCGAAAGGGUGUGGUGUCAGGAAUCCUGCUGGUGACGGCUAAUAAGAUCUUCUUUGACCCGUGUAAGACACACGCCCUGGUGAAGGAACACGGCUGUGAGGAAUACCUCCUGUCCUGCUCUGUUGACAAUCUGGCAUCUGUGUCAUUCUUCUCUGACAUCUCACAUGUUCACUUCAACACGUCCCAGCAGAGGAGAAAAGGAAGGAAAAUCUUCCAGAAGUUGAAAACAGCCCGAAGCAGAGCAGGCGGCCUCCUAACCCCAAAGGCAGAGCUGCUGCCUGCGCUGGUGUCUGUGGCUCCGUCAGAUCUGUCCAGUCUGGCUCUGAGCCUGGCCAAGGUGGUGUCCGGGGAGGAGGAGGCGGAGAGCAGAGACAUGGCGGAGGCUGAGAGGGAGCUGGACAGCAGCCCUCUGGAGGUGCUGUCAGAGGAGUCUGUAGGCGGCCUGGGGGUGGCCGUCCUCAGCAGUGCUGCCACCUUCUGCUGCGGAGGGCAAGAGGCGGCGAGGAAAAUGCAGACGGAGCUGCUGCACUCUGGUGAAACAGGGAAGUCGUCUGUGAAGAGUCAGACUGCCGUACCUCAAAGGUCCUCAGCAGGAAGUCCAGGGAGUCUGAUGUUUGUGCGGCUGCGGGUUCAGCCGUCUGCAGGAAAGAAAAAGAGUGCAGGAGGCCUUCAGCUGGGGUCAGCCAAAACUUUACCCAGAAGGGAUGCCUGGCUUGCACUUUCACAAGAGAGCUCUGACGAGCUGUACGCCUACCUGACACACUGUCGACCCGACUUGUGUAUACUUGAGGGAGGGGAGGAAGAGGGGGAGGCAGACCGUGAUGAAGACGAGUUUGUACUCAUUGAGGACAAAGAGGAAGACGAAGAAGAGGAAGAGGGGGAGGGGGAGGAGGUGUUCCAGAGGCACCGCGGCUCAGGGGACGACUGGGAGAUGGUGUUGAUGGAAGAGAGCGGGGACAAGCCGACGCUGGUCAUCGACAGGGACCCUGAAGGACUCAAUAACAUCGUAGAGAACAGCCACAUUUUAGAAGCUUCACAUGUCAGAGAGCUGUGUAAGGAGCUUCCUCCAAGAACAGUGGGCCACAGCUGGCAGCUGGCUUACAGCACGUCCCGUCACGGCGCCAGCCUCAAGUCCCUCUACAGGAAACUCAGCACCACAGACUCCCCUGUGCUGAUUGUCAUCAAGGAUGCUCUUGAUGAGAUAUUCGGGGCCUUCCUCUCUCACCCUCUGAAGCUCAGCGAGACGUUCUACGGCACAGGAGAAACUUUCCUCUUCAUGUUGCAUCCUCGCUUCAAGUGCUUCAGAUGGACUGGAGAGAAUUCCUUCUUUAUUAAAGGAGACUUGGACUCCUUUGCCAUUGGUGGAGGAAGCGGUCACUUUGGUCUGUGGGUGGAUGAGAACCUGUACCUGGGCCGCAGCAGCCCCUGCUACACCUUCAACAACUGCUGCCUCGCAGAAACGGACGACUUCCGAGUGAUGGAGCUGGAGGUGUGGACGUUCAGCUGAAGAGGCCGCCCACUUCCUCUUUGACUCGCCUCCUUCCUGCUGCUCAGCUCGACCCAGACAGCAUUUAUCACUGAGCAAACGAAAACAAACAGAGCCGCUCAUUCAUUUCAUGGUAACAUCCAUGUGAAAAAAAAAAACAAGAAAAAACAAUCUACCACUGUUGGAUGUGGAUUUUAUUGAAGUGAAAUGAACUAAAGCAGGCUGAUCUUUGGGUUUAGUGGUGGGCUCUUUGUUUCAUGGCUGACUCAUUCCUGUGGCUUUGGCAGCCAAACUGAACCGAGCAGAGCCCAACUGGAUCCUCAGAGUCCUCGUUUUUGAAUGGAGUGGGUUACAAGUCAGAGAGACUGCACUUUGCUCUUUAAUGUGAAUCAGUAACAUUAUGAUAUCUCAUCAUUUAUCAUGUUAUCAUGACAGACACCUGUCUUUAAAGGUAAUAAAGGUAAUGCAUGUCCCUGCUCUCAUAUAACUGUUCAGUUAAUGAUGGAAGUUUGAAACACACUUAUCAUAAAUAGAUUUCUCUAUUUAGAACGAAACUAUUCACACACACACACACACACACACACACACACUCAUUCUUGUACUUCUAUCUUUGUGAGGACCCUCAUUGGAACAGUGCAUUCCCUAACAAGGUUAUAAUAGUUUUGGAUUUUUCAUUAGUUUUAGUUUUAAUUUUGUUGUGAUUUUUUGUUUUCAAAUUCAGUUAGUUUUAAUGAGUUUUUAGAGUGAAUGUGCUAGCUUUAGUUCAGUAUUUUUUUUUUUUUAAAUGCUUUAGUUUUAGUUAAGUUUUUAUUAGUUUUAGUUUUUUUGUAAUGGGGUAUUUGUUGGGUGGGAGAUUAAAAGAGGUCACAGUAAAUUUUGCCUUUAUUUCCUUUUGUUAUCCAUCUUCAUUAUGUAUGAAAAAAGUUGACCAAGAUGAAAAUGAAGGACAUUUUCACUAUAAUUUUAGUUAGUUUUGUAACCACACAAUACAGUUUCAGUUAAUCAUCAUUAUCAUGUGACCUUUAAUCCUUAAAACUAAGUCUGAAAUCUCCAAAAAGCCUUUAAAGAAGUGAGGACCGGCCGAAAUGUCCUCACUCUGUUGGUUAAAAAUGUGUUCCGGUCCUCACUAUGUAGGAAGUACAAGAACGCACACACACACACACACACACAGCCAAGUCCCACAAAUACAACACUUAUCAUUUUUAUGUGUUCUCAUCAGACAGCAUAGAUCAGGGGUCGGCAACCUUUACUAACAAAAGAGCCAUUGUUAUAAAAAAAAAAAAGAAAUAAUGUCGGAACGGAGCCGCAAACAUUAUUUUGAGCCUCACAAUGUAGAUGUUAUUGCCUGCUAAGUCUAAAUAAGCCUUCCAACAUUACAAAUAAGUAAUAAUGAGAAUUAUUAAUAUGUUUUUGUCAGAAUGCAGCGAAAAGUGCAAAUAUCUGUGGAAGUUUGGAAUCGAGAGCUAGCUAAAGAAACUCAAAACUAGACUUGAAAUUGGCAAAAUGUCGAAGUUAAGGUGCCGGCUGUAGACGUUUUAAUACCGUUCAUAGGGAAAACAGAAAUAACUGUUCAUGUCGUAUGAUUUUUUUGU